AUGGCACUUAUGCCGAGGCUGACCGCACCGCCACGUGCUGAAAAAUUUCACAACACGCCAGGCAUUUAUUUCGAAAAACCGGGGUUAAUGAAUCAGAUCUUAGAACACGCGAAAACUCAGAUCAAAAUUAUCAACGCCACAAUAGGGCACAUGGAUGCAUUGGAAAAAACAGUUAGUUACAACGAAAAUAUAUUGCGGAAUGUCACGGCACGAAUGGAGUUACAGCUUGCGAAAACAAGAGUACCGAACCUCAAUCCCACGGAAUUAUUACCAGUGACGUCGACGCAGAGUAGAACUUACGUUUAUAGAACCAGAGUUCCACGAAGUGAUCCUGCCGAAUUGGCAAUGUCGACAUCUUCACCGUUGCGGGAAAAGAACGUUGGACGUGCUAUAACAAAAAGAAGAGGGGCAGUUAAACAAAACAAAAUACACAUUGUACGAGGCCAUAAACUCGUGGCUAAGUUUUUUCGACAACCGACCUUCUGCGCUUUUUGUAAAGACUUUUUGUGGGGUUUUGGAAAACAGGGAUAUCAAUGCCAAGCGUGUCAAACUGCAGUGCACAAAAAAUGUCAUGAUAAGUUAUUAACUAAAUGUCCCGAGAGUGGACGAGAAUCAGAAAACACAAUAGAUCUUUAAAGCGUUAAGCUCUAACUAUUAAGGGUUUGGCAUUCCUUAUCUUCAAUACAAAAUUAUAGUUUGUACAAACACAAUAGUGUGCUUUUUAUAAUUUAAUCUUCGAAUGAGCCAACAUCUUAGUAACAUCUUCAGGGAAAUAGGAAGAGACGAGUCUGUUGCUUAGUCAACGUGUUCGCCGGACUUGUAUCCUGAUUUUUUUAUAGAGACAUGUCAAAUAUUUGAUAUACAUGAUUCCUACCUACACUCACAAUAAACUUAUCAAAAGAAUAAUGAUUGUAAUGUGCAUCGCAUGUAAUGUGAUCCAUAAUAUUGGAAUUUUACAGAGAAUGCAUGUCAGUUAAAAUGCACUGUAAAUACAAUACUUGUAAUGAAGUUGCAGUCGCUAUUUAAACAA